AUGGCCGCCUCCUCCGCGCGGCCCACCGUCCUGGCCCUGACCGCGCUGGCGCUGCUCCUGCUGCUGUGCCUGGGCCCAGGUGGCAUAAGUGGGAAUAAACUCAAGCUGCUGCUUCAAAAGCGGGAAGCACCUGCUCCGGCUAAGACUAAAGUAGCAGUGGACGAGAGCAAGGCCAAAGAAUUCUUGAACAGCCUGAGGCGCCAGAAGCGGCAGCUGUGGGACCGGACUCGGCCGGAGGUCCAGCAAUGGUACCAGCAGUUCCUCUACAUGGGUUUCGACGAAGCGAAAUUUGAAGAUGACAUCACUUACUGGCUAAACCGAGGUCGGAAUGGGCACGACUACUAUGAUUACUAUCAGCGUCACUAUGACGAGGACACAGCGAUUGGUCCCCAGAGUCCCCACAGCUUCAGGCACGGAGCCAGCGUCAACUACGAUGACUACUGA